AUGUCCUUAACCCUAAGCAAGACUCGACUCCGAAACCUGAAAUAUUAUCGGCAAAUGGAACUAUGGGCUUUCAACGGCCACUUAUACAGAAGCAAUAGUUCAGAGAUCGCUUCGCUCAAGCCUACAGGGUACUGUACACCCGCAGGUUUUCCUUUAAAGAUAGCAAUGGGAGAUGAUAAUAAUUUCCAAUGCCAAAUAUCCCGUUGCGAAGCCCUGCCUCUAUCCAUCUAUCCUACUGGCUCGUGGAAUUCCCAGGAUGUGGACCAUGAUCACAAUACGAUAAGGCCAGUGCCUGGCGAGACCUAUAUUUCGCAUCUUAGUUCUGUUACCAUUGAUGCCUUACGGAAUCGUGCAUUCCACGUAGGUAUCGAGAAAGGCCAAGGGACAAUAGCCGCCGUUGGGGGUCUCUACUCAUGCGCCCCGAAAUUGAGGUGCCGCUUUUCAAAAUGGGAGGGCCUCACUGGAUGCUUUGCCAGCACUGCAGCAAUUCACUCAUUGGGAUCUCAUCUCUUUAGACUUGGUUCUCCUAUCCGCUCAGUCCCUUCCAGCCACUACCAAAGUCAAUUAAAUGCAUCACCAUCAAGUACGUCAAUGGGGAUGUUCCAAAGUUUUGUAUUCCCUCAAGUGAUUUAG